AUGGCACCGCCCCCACUCCCCACUCAGCAAGCUGAGUGGCACAGCUGUGUCCGGAGACCUGGGGCAGCAGAGGCGGCUCCCAGGCCCAGCAGCCAGGAGAAGGCAGCUAUUCCACCAGUUCGCCAGGGGCAGCCCCGCUCCGCCCCUCUGCCGCUGCCAAAGGCCACUGACCUAACCGCCCCACAUCCCAGGAGCAAGCUUACUUGGAGUCCAACAUCUGGCGAAUCUCUGGCGGCCAAGACACCCCCAGGCCAGGCUGCAGGGAAGAGAAGGAAUCGACCGCCUUGCCCGGGCAGCCUCCCACCCGCUGCUGCCGCCGCCGCCGCCCCAAACCAUUGCACCAGCCUCCCGGCGUCAGGCUGA